AUGCCGACCACCAUGAUGGGACUCGUCACUGAGCGCAUGCUGCAGCCAGAGCCAGAAGAUCACUCAGUGGACGUUCACUCACGGUCAGAAAAGCGACAAAUAACGAGAAAUCGAACCAGCUACUCCUGCCAAACUUGUCGAAAACGGAAGGUGAAGUGCGACAAGGGCAGUCCAGUAUGUGGCGGCUGCUUGAAGACGGGCGAUGCUUGCAUCUAUGGCAAGCUGGAUCAGUCUCCACCGCCGACUGGCCGGGCAGCCAGUUCAAAGCGACGCAACAGCGGCGUGUCGAACGACACGGGUACACCUACCCAGCCGAGGAUUGGAGCAGCUCCUGGCAAUGUGAUCAUUCACAGCCUUGAGCAGCAGCUCGCACGGUUGGCGGAUGUCGUUGAGACGAUGCGUCGUGAAUCGUCGCGAGGAGCUGGGUUCAAUGCACCGCCCAGUCCUGAGUCUUUGGAGUAUCAGACGAGCAGUGACGACGGCAACAGAAGCCGCCAAGCAUCGCUGGCAGCAGGUGCAGUCUCAGAUGCACUGGUACAGAAGGCCGGUGAACUUAGUCAAUCGCUCUCAAAUCUUGACAUCACAUCUUCCACAGUCUCAUACAUCAGCAAGGGCAAGGAAAACUUCUGGAGCCACCUCGCAGCUGAGUUGCAACAGCUACAAUACCUCAUACGAGGACCUCCUACACUUCCAGCCGAAAAAAGCCUGACUGAGGCUAUGGGCAUCGAGCAGCAUGAAUGCAAUGCACCAAGAGAGAAGCCAGAUCCAGACGCAGUCAUUGACGAAUGUCUGGACAUGCAUACGUUUCAGCUACCUCCCGCCGAUUCAGACAGCAUUGACUGCUUGCCAUGUCACGUCAAAACUGGUGACAAGUCUGCACUACUACUGCCUCGACGGAUCAAGACCCUGCAAGAUCACACAGAUGAGGUGGAUCUACUCACAUCAGUACCGACUGAGGCGCAGAGCAAUGUCUUGUUUCGAGCGUGGAUGUCAGGAGUGUACCCAGCGCUUCCCGUCGUUCCUAUGCGCAUAACCUUCCUGCGCUACCAAAGAUUCUGGAAGUGGAAAAGGGACCUCGAGGACGACGCAGACAAUAAUCAUGAAAGUGCAGACAUGUACAUCAUGCCUUUGCUAUUCGCCAUCUGGUAUACAGGCGCACUAUCGCUGUCAGCCAAAGCUUUCCAACGCCUGUUUCCAGAUACCAGUCGAGCUGCAUUAUGCGCUGGGUACCACGACGAAUGUGUACGAAUGCUUACGCUGGUUUCAUUCCCGGCUCACACCAACCCAUACCUGCUUGCAUCUCUUGUGAUGCUGCAGUCGGUGCCAUGCGCGGAAGAAGAGCCGCAACAAAGCAGCGCCUACGUCAAUCUCAUGGUCAGACUUGCACAAUCAAUGGGAAUACAUCGCGAACCAACGCUGAAAGAAGCAAAUCCAUUCGAUGCUGAGACAAGGCGUCGUGUUUGGUGGCAGGUCGUUCAGCUAGACACAUAUUUGGCAGUGUCCAGUGGCUUUCCCACGCUGAGUAAUGAUGCAACCGCAGACGCCAGGCCUGUCAGCCAAGUCAAAGAGAUGUUUAUCGCAUCCCGUGAAGAAGAGGCUCUCUUGAAGAACGAGAAGAUCGAGCCGAUCGACGAUCCAUUUGGUCAGUCUCUCUCCAUCGGGUCAGUCGCAGCUUUGGUCAUGCGCACGUACUCCUCGAUUGCAAUGGCGACACGGAAGAUCGUGGCUAUGCACAUGCGAACCAAGCCAGUGGAUAUCAGAGACCUCAAAGAGAUGAACGAGAUCAUUGCAGCUACCGAAGCUGAGGUGCGCGCCGUCAUGAACAACAUUCCCGCCAAAGGUGUGCCCGAGCUGGGCUUCAUUCCUGCAGACACUUCAUCACGCUUCCCAGCACAACUCGACUGCGACACAAGCCUGGAAAGCGAGCCCACCGAUGCUGAGGUGACAUUCUACACCGGUAUCUUGACCGAGGACAUGCCGCCGAACUUGGCUCGCUUCCACCGUCAACGCACCGCCGCCUUCCACAAGUGGGCACGAAUUUACCUUUCAAUGAUGUGUGACAAGAUGCACUGCAUUGCAUAUGCACCAUUCCUCAAGAACCUCAAAUCGAAGCUCUGGGGUGGCGGCAGGCAAUGCGCUUUGCACCACUGCAGCGCUUACUUCAGGAAGUUCCUCUCGCUUGCGAACGACCCAUCCCUCGAGCCGUUUCGCUGGAACUGGCCUGGUACAGCACAGCCUAUGCAUGCCGCCAUCAUUCUACUAGUCGACCUCUAUGAACGACCACGCAGCGUCGAGGCACCCCGUUCUCGCUCCCUGAUAGAUGAAGUGUUCUCUCUCUCUGCACCUGUCAAUGGCAUCGUCGGAUGUUCUCUCGGCAACACCUCUCAACGACCGUUCCGUGAAGGUGGUGGGGAUGCUUGGGAGAUGCUCCGCAACCUUCGUGCUACUGCGUGGCGCAAAGCUGGCUUGGAUCCCGAUGUGCUCUGGACCGAAGAGCAACAAGUCCUGGUCGGACUAGCUCAACCGUUGACCAUGGAGCAGAAGAUCGCUCGAAGUAUGCGUGAAGACACACUAUACGACAACAGCACACCUGAAACAGGCGAUUCGAGUAUGAUCAACAAAACACUCCAGGGGAUGUUCUCAGAGAUCUCGACGGGCAACCAUGCUUUCCAAAAUCCUGCCGAUGGCGACGUGCCGCAAGGAACUUACCAAGCCUCACCCCAACAUCCCAUUCGCCUCCCUGGCCAGCAGCCCAUGCCCUUCCCCCUGAUCAAACGCAAAGCCGCCGCCGCCACCGGCAACAGCCAAAGUCUUUCAACGCAGCACGGCAACGGCGCGGCCGCACACAUCGACGCUAACCGCUUCAACGACUCCUUACCCACAGAGCUACAAGACGAGAGCAUGGGCUACCCGCGAUGGCUAAAUGAGAAAAUCUCGAGUGAUGGCGGUAACAUCAAAAUCCACCGCUCUAGCAAUGGCAAACAUUUGGGUUCCUCGUCCAUGCCAGAGAAUCAGAGCGUAGGAACGCCCGAUAGCAUUGAUGGUCACACAGCCCCCAUGAUGGCGGCGUAUCAACAACUUCAAGACACCACCACUGGGAACGGCUAUGGCGGGCCUAACCAUGUCCACGACGGUAACGGUGCGUCAGCACUACAGCCCAACGCCAUAUACGCCAACUACCCCGCCCCGCCCUUCCAAUCCGCACCCACCGACUUUGCUGCCCCAGUCCCGGGCUGCACGAACCAGAACAUCAACAACGACACCUCUCUUCACUUCUCUGCGCCGAUGCAGCAGCAACAGCUCUACACCCAACAACAACCCAACAACAUGCAGACUCAAUUCAUCCCACCGACUCUGACAACACAGCAAAGCACCGAUCCAAUGGACUUGUCCUUCGACUGGGAAGCCUGGGACGCGGUGUUCAACCAAUACUCGGGGUAUAGUGAUUUCAUGGAUGAUAUUCCGAGCUGGCAUCAAUGA